AUGUCAAAUGUGAUGUCCCAUACUAAUAUAUCCAUAACAGACAGCAGUACAUCUGUGCCCACAUCAGACAGCAGUACAUCUGUGCCCACAUCAGACAGCAGUACAUCUGUGCCCACAUCAGACAGCAGUACUAAUGUAUCCACAUCAGACAGCAGUACAUCUGUGCCCACAUCAGACAGCAGUACUAAUGUAUCCAUAUCAGACAGCAGUACAUCUAUGCCCACAUCAGACAGCAGUACUAAUAUAUCCAUAUCAGACAGCAGUACAUCUGUGCCCACAUCAGACAGCAGUACAUCUAUGCCCACAUCAGACAGCAGUACAUCUGUGCCCACAUCAGACAGCAGUACUAAUAUAUCCAUAUCAGACAGCAGUACAUCUGUGCCCACAUCAGACAGCAGUACUAAUAUAUCCAUAUCAGACAGCAGUACAUCUGUGCCCACAUCAAACAACAGUACUAAUAUAUCCACAACAGACAGCAGUACAUCUGUGCCUAUAACAGACAGCAGUACAUCUGUGCCCACAACAGACAGCAGUACAUCUGUGCCCACAACAGACAGCAGUACAUCUGUGCCCACAACAGACAGCAGUACAUCUGUGCCCACAACAGACAGCAGUACAUCUGUGCCCACAACAGACAGCAGUACGUCUGUGCCCGCUGCAAACAGCAGUAUUUUGGUUUCAGAGCCAACCACUGAGAGAUCAAAUGACGGAGACUGUCUCUCUCAAAGUGAAUUGGUGAUUUCUCACACAGUCAUAUCUGCAUCGGCUCUCCUCAAACCCUCAGAUUUCUGUAACAUCAAGGGCAGCUGUCUUACCGGUUGGCACCUCGGUGAUAACUUUUGCUGGCAGGCAGGUGAUGACCAUACCUUCAUCUUGCACCACAAAGCCACCGAUCACAUUCCACAUGAAC